AUGGUAUUUAAAAAAUUUAACUCAUCUAGCAGUUUAUUUUAUUUAAAUGAAAUCAAGCUUCUAUUAAUUGUCCUUACAUAAUUAAGCAGCAUUUUAAUUUCUUUAAAGUUGCAAAUAAUAUUGCAUAAAAUUAAGUAAAACUCCUUUUUUAAAUUAUCAAUUUUAGUUUAAAAUGAAAAAAAGAAUUUCAUAUAACAAAAAUAAUUUUAAAAUUGUUUUUUAAAAUAUUGCUUUUAUAUUUAGUGCUUAGCAGCGCUGUUUUUAGUUAUGUUAAAAACAAAUAAAUUAGCAAUUUUUUAACUUUCAUUCUUAAGAAACAUAAAUUUCCUGUAAAUUAUGGCAGAUCAGCAAUUAUUUUUAUCUUUCAAAUUAAGAUUAAAACAAUUUUUCAGUUGUAUAAAAUGGAAAAGCCCAUAAAAAACCAUGGAUAGAUUGUAACUGCAUCAUAAAGAUAAAAUAAAUAUUUAUUCAAUUAUUUAGUAAAAGUCAUUCAUAUUUUAAGUUUGCAAAGUGAUUAAAUCCAUAUUAAGAUAAAAAUAGAAUGUUUGUUUAAAGAUUAAUUUAUUUUUUCAAAUAACAUAAAACUACUUAUUUGAAAUUUAGUAAAAACAUUUUAUAUUCUCAGUAUGA